CCUCAUCCGGGCUACCAAGGUGACGGACUAGAGCAAGAUCCGGGAGAAAGGGGAAUUCGGGUGGCAUUCUUAUACGGGGUCUUAAUUCCAACAGUAAUAAACACCUCGACCACCGAGAUUAGAAUUUAACUGUAAGCACUUCUGCGUUUCUUCCAUCUGGGGUACAACAGACCUUGUAGAUGCAUCAGUUUAAUAGCACAUAGAAUAGGAAGAGGAGCACUGUUUGUCUGUUCCCUCCUAGUCUGUCUACACCAGCUGGUCUGUAACUGUUUAAAAGCACCUUUUGUUGAAGUGGUCAAUUUACAUGCUUCUUUAAUGAAGAGAGGAGAGAAACCCGAUGGAUUUAGACAGAUGAGGCCUAAAACCUUCCCAGCAAGUAACUACACUGGCAAUAGCCAGCAGAUGUUGCAAGAGAUUCGGGAAGGUCUGCGUAAUCUGUCUCGAAUCUCUGAUGUGACAAAGAUGGACCAGGGCUCAGCGAAAUACGUGAUAGAUGACCAAAGACAGCAGGGCAGGAGCAGCAACCACAAAUUUGGCACCUAUCAGAAAGCGUUACAGGAGAUACGUGACUCACUGCUCCCAUUUGCAAAUGAGCAGAGCUCUUCAGCCCGGGGUUGUUCAGAAGUCAAUCGGCAGAUGAUGCAUGAUUUACAAGCUGCAGGAUUUGAAGAGGAAAUGGUGGUUCAAGCACUAAAACAGACUAAUAAUCGCAGUAUUGAAGCAGCCUUGGGAGGAGGUAAAAUGAGUUACCAGGACCCAUUAAGAGAGCAGAUGGUGACAGCCACACCAAGGCCAGUCAGUACAGGAAUUAAAACUUCAGCAGCACAUGUUCAGCAGGCGGUUAACAGAAAGCAGAGUUGGAAAGGUUCUAAGGAGUCCUUGGUUCCACAGCGACAUGGCCCACCUCUUGUUGAAGGAGUAAUAUAUCGCUCAGAGAGUCCUAGUCCACAGUCGGAAAUUGGAAGUCGACCACCAUCUGGUUCUGGAUUGGCAGCCUUUGUCCAAAGUCAUCCUGCCAACGGUCAACGUGUAAACCCUCCUCCACCUCCCCAGGCAAGAAGUGUCACUCCCCCACCACCACCACCAAGAGGCACAACUCCACCUCCAGCAGCUUGGGAUGCUAACCCCUCAACUAAGAGGUUUUCAGGCAAUAUGGAGUAUCUUGUUCCUCGAAUAUCUCCAGCACCUCAGGUUCAGUGGCCAGAGAGUUACCCAACACCACCUCCACAGAGCCAACGAGGCUUAAGCCCUGGUGGAAGGCAGCCUAUUAUCAUGCAGAGCUGUGGUGCCUCUAAGUUUAACUUCCCAUCUGCUUGGUCGCAAAAUGGUACAAAUCAACCAGACUUUCUUGGACACCAAAGUAUUGGCAUGGGUUGCAAUAGCCGGCAGCCUCCACCACCUUAUCCAGUCUCGCAAGGCAGCCGCCAAAGUCCUACUGCCUUACAAAUGCAGGCUGGAGGCCCAGCCUCCUCUCCUCCUUAUUCCAAUGGUACAAACCUUCCUAAGUCCCUGAUGGUUCCCAAUAGGAACAGCCAUAAUUUGGAAAUGUACAAUAUUAACCUUCCUGGUGCUUCUGCUCCUUGGCCUCCACAGCCUCUUGCUCCUGUUCAGUCACAGUCUUCCACAGGAAAUAGUGGUCAUGAUAUCAUUCCAGCUUCUUGGCAAAUGAACAUUCCUGUACGGUCAAAUUCCUUCAAUAGUCACCAAGUGAGUGGACGUCAAAGUAAUUCUCAGCCAUCUGCCACCACUGUAACUGCCAUCACACAGGCACCAAUUCUCCAACCAGUAAAGAGUAUGAGAGUGCCUAAGCCAGAGCUGCAGACAGCAGUAGCACCCACCCAUCCCCCUUGGAUGCAGCAGGCACCUUCUGCCCCAAUCGGUCCUUAUCAGGAAGGACCACCACCCAUAACUCCAUCUCCUGUGGUUGUUGAAGCCCCCAGUUAUCAAGGUCCCCCACCACCUUACCCUAAACAUCUCCUUCAGCAACAGACAAACCAGUCUAUACCAAUUCAUGAAUUACCUAAUAAAACUGGUAGCGGCAAAGAGGAUCAGUGCUUUGGAUCAUGUAGAAAGGAGCAAGAUGAGGAAAGUAGUAGUACUAGUUGCUCUGAUAAAACAGAGACCACUGAGGGAACAGUGUGUGUAGUGGACAAAGAGAAAAAGCAGAUAACUACUUCACCAGUACCUGUGAGGAAAAACAAGAAAGAUGAAGAGCGCAGAGAGUCACUUAUUCAAAGCUACUCCCCUCAAGCAUUCAAGUUCUUCAUGGAGCAGCAUGUGGAAAAUAUUCUGAAGAACCACCAGCAAAGGAUGCGGAGGAGAAAGCAGCUCGAAAGUGAGAUGCAACGAGUGGGGCUGUCGGAGGAAGCACAGGAACAGAUGCGUAUGAUGCUGUGCCAGAAAGAAUCAAAUUAUAUUCGUCUGAAGAGAGCCAAGAUGGAUAAAUCCAUGUUUGUUAAAAUCAAAACACUUGGCAUUGGCGCAUUUGGUGAGGUGUGCCUUGCCCGAAAGGUGGAUACAAAUGCUUUAUAUGCUAUGAAGACCUUGCGUAAAAAAGAUGUCCUUCUUAGGAACCAAGUGGCACAUGUAAAGGCUGAGCGCGACAUUCUUGCUGAGGCAGACAAUGAGUGGGUGGUUCGUCUGUACUAUUCAUUCCAAGACAAAGAUAACUUGUAUUUUGUCAUGGACUAUAUUCCGGGAGGGGACAUGAUGAGCUUAUUGAUACGAAAGGGAGUUUUCCCAGAAGAACUGGCACAGUUUUAUAUUGCCGAGCUCACAUGUGCUGUGGAGAGCGUGCACAAAAUGGGCUUCAUCCACCGUGAUAUCAAGCCAGACAACAUUUUGAUAGACAGAGAUGGGCAUAUCAAACUCACAGACUUUGGCCUCUGCACUGGAUUUAGGUGGACACAUGAUUCCAAGUACUACCAAAGUGGUGACCACGUGCGUCAAGAUAGCAUGGACUUCAGUAAAGAAUGGGAGAACUCAUCAAAUUGCCGCUGUGGGGACAGACUGAAACCAUUAGAGAGGCGUGCAGCGAGACAGCACCAACGUUGCCUUGCUCACUCUCUUGUUGGGACCCCAAAUUACAUUGCUCCAGAAGUUCUCCUGAGAACUGGUUAUACUCAGUUAUGCGACUGGUGGAGUGUGGGUGUAAUUCUUUAUGAAAUGUUACUUGGCCAACCUCCAUUCCUGGCUACAACUCCACUAGAUACACAACUAAAGGUCAUCAAUUGGCAAACAACCCUACAUAUACACCCUCAAGCAAAGCUGAGUCCAGAAGCAUCUGACCUUAUCAUCAAGCUAUGCCGAGGCCCAGAGGAUCGGCUGGGGAAAAAUGGUGCUGAUGAGAUUAAGGCUCACCCCUUCUUUAAAACCAUCGAUUUUUCUGUAGACUUGCGGCAGCAGCAUCACCCUGCACCUUAUAUUCCUAAAAUUACACAUUCUACUGACACUUCCAACUUUGACCCAGUGGAUCCUCACAAGCUAUGGAGCAGUGAUGAUGAUGCUGAAGAGAAUCUGAAUGAUACUCUUAAUGGCUGGUACAAAAAUGGCAAGCAUCCAGAACAUGCCUUCUAUGAAUUUACUUUUCGACGUUUCUUUGAUGACAAUGGAUACCCAUAUAGUUAUCCUAAACCUAUCAAAUAUGAUGGUUGUGAUUCUAAUGACCAAGACACUGAGUCCCUUCUGGUACAAGGAGAGGAGGAAUUAUCCAGUCAGGCUGGUCAAAGCCGUGAUUUAGUAUAUGUAUGAAUUUGUGGUGGUUCAGUGAGGAUUCCUUUUAGGUAGUAAGUACCUGCAAUUUGUUCUCAUGGGUAUAAGUCGAGCUAAUAUCCUGGUGAUGUAAAUGGCUCUACGAAAAUUGCAUCACAUAGUGGCCUUGGAGUGCUUCUGAAGUUGUUGCUUUAUUUAGAUGUUCUGGGGUACGAUGUUAAAAUAUCAAAAGCACUAGUCUGUUUUAAUUUUUAAGACAAAUCUUAAAAAUAGUAUUUACCAAAGCAGAGUAGAUGGUGUAGGUACUUUUUUUUUUUUUUGGGCCAUAGUUUCUGCUUUGUGUAUCUGCCCCCACUCCCCUUUUACAGGGUGCUUUUGCGCUUCAUAUUUGCUGGUUUUUAUUUUUUCAAGAAUUAUUGAUAUAAAGGUCCCUGAUAAUACAGUUAAUUAAAACAUUUUCAAUUGGAUUUUAUUUAUUUAUCCGUAAAAAUUGAUGAAUUUAGUAAACUUGUACAUCAUUACUUCCUUGUUUAUUAGGACCCACUCCAAAUUAUAAAUGUAUUCAAAAUAUAUUUGUAAAUGAUUUCUGCAUUUUCAGGUAUCUUUGGGGAGGAAAAAAGCAGUAUGUAGUAGAAACAAGUAUUUGUAAAUAUGUAAUGCCUUUAAAAAAAACUUUAAAAAACUUGUAUAUCUCAGUGCCUUUCAGUUUAACAUUCUACCAAAUAUAAGUGCUGGGAAAAUUGGAAAUGCUCCCAUAUUUGAUAGAUCAUGUUGAAAUUAUGUCAUUGUAAUGUGUACAUGCAGAUUUUAGUUACCAUGCUGCUUCCUGCUGUCUCUUCAUGGAUUUGUCUGAAUUUCAUUCAUCCUCUUCAGCAGUUCUGUUGAAAACAGUGUAAAGAACUUGCAUGUUAAUUAUCAUUUUCUACUUUCUAAUAUUAUUUAUUUUAAGUAAUUUAGAAAAGCAAUUUUUCAUUUUUUUUUUUUAGAACUGCUGCUAAAUAAGCUAUUUUUUUAAAAAGAACAGGCAGUUUCCCUGGGCUCUCCCAUGCCCUUUUUACACUGUAAACAUUAAGCUUCAGACAUGCCGUAAAUAAUUCCACUCUAUUUUACCAUUCUUUUUCAGAUAAUUUGAAAACCUCUAAUUUCUAUGUUUGAGCCAUGGAAAGGGGUGCAAACAGAUUUCUCACAUAUUUAUCCCAGCAUAACCAAAAAUUACACCAUCAAUCAGUCUUUUAACUUAAUUUUUGCUUCUGACUGGUGCUUUCUUCAUGCACAUCUUCACUAGCUGUUCAUACGUAUCUUUUUUUUUUUCUUAUUUAUACAUAUCAAUUUUUUAAAUUAUGCUGUAAAAACUUGAUGUAAAUAUUUGUAACACUUAUUCAUGUUGGUUUCUUGACAUGCUGUCUUAGGGCAGGCCCUCUGCUUAUGUGUAUUUUGGCGUGAGUGUGUGUAUGUAUGCAUUUCAUUGGUGUUUUAGUUUUGUUUGUUUUCUUUUUCCCGCUUCAUUGGAGUAGAUUAUAAGUGUGGUUUAUUACUGAGAGAUAAACACAGUUCAUGGAAUGCUUUUUAAUUUGUAUUUCAAUCGAUGAAAAUGCUGCUAAUAGUUCUGGUGGUAGCAUAAAACUGUGAGAGAAGACUUGGGUGCCUUCUAACCUUAGAGUAUUUGAUUCAUAGCCACAACCUUUAUGAUUAAAUCCACACAAUUGGUGCCUUUCAACAUCAUUGGUGAUCAUAGUCUAGUGCAGCCAAAGUUUUAAAAGCCAAUGCUUUUUUCCCAGCCUUGGCAGUGUUACAUUUUUCAAGUGCUUGAACCUCCCAAAAGGUAUUUUAUUUAUAUGAAGAUGGUUUUACAAAUUACAGCCAGUUAUUCUUCCAGUGAAGAUCAAGCUGUGACCUGAUGCAUAAUGUGCUGUUUUGACAGCAUCCCUGAGAAGACUGCUAAUGUUUCAUUUGUCUUUAAAGCAUUCUGUAUCUAUUCCUGAACAGAAACAGAGGUGUUCUGGAGUGUUGAGUGAAAUUACAAAAAUUAUUUUCUCAUGUUCUCAGUUCUUAAUGUAAUUUUCAGUUGGUGAGGGGAAUAAUAAAUCAUUUAAAGGAA